AUGGCUGAUGCAACCAACCCCAGCGAUGAGCUCUAUCCCAUCGCUGUCUUGAUCGAUGAAUUGAAGCACGACGAUGUCCUGCUUCGCCUCAACGCGAUUCACCGACUCUCGACCAUUGCUCUUGCGUUGGGCCCUGAGCGCACUCGCGACGAGCUCAUCCCCUUUCUCGACGAAAGUGUCGAGGACGAAGAUGAGGUUCUUGUGGCCCUCAGCGGCGAGCUGGGAAAGUUUAUCGACUAUGUCGGCGGUCCGGAGUGGGGUCACGUUCUGCUGUCUCCCCUUGAGAACCUUGCUGCCAUAGAAGAGCCCGUUGUGAGGGACAAGGCUGUCGAGUCGCUGAACAAGAUCUGCGUUGAUCUCGAUGCGCACCAAAUCGAGGAGUAUUUCAUUCCGCUGGUGUUCAGACUCUCUAAGGCGGAUUGGUUCACUUCCAAAGUCUCAGCGUGCGGUCUGUACGCGUCUCCUUACGCCAAGGUCAGCGAAGAAACAAAGUUACAGCUCCGUCAAGCCUUCUCACAGCUUGUCCACGACGAAACACCCAUGGUGCGCCGCCAGGCUGCUACUAAUAUGGCCAAGUUUGUAAAGGAGAUUGCUCCCCCGCUCGUCAUCUCAGAAAUGAUCCCUCAGUUUCAGCACCUUGUGACGGACGAUCAAGACAGCGUCAGACUCCUUACGGUUGAGAUCCUGGGUGCCAUCGCCGAGAGUGUUCCCAAGGAGCAGCAAGCCAGCCAUGGCGUUCUUUUGAGCUCGCUUCGUAGCUUGAUUGAGGACAAGAGCUGGAGAGUUCGGUACAUGGUUGCAGACAGGUUCGAAAAGAUUGCCAAAGCUGUGGAUGAGGAAGUUCUGACCAGAGACAUGGUCCCUGCUUUUGUGAAGCUGCUCAAGGACCACGAGGCUGAGGUGCGGACGGCCAUAGCAGGCCAGAUUCCGGGCUUCUGCACCCUGAUACCCAGAGAGCUUGUGCUGAGUGAGGUCUUGGAAACAAUCGAGACACUUGUCAACGAUACCUCUCAACAUGUCCGUGCCGCUCUUGGUACACAAAUCAGUGGCCUCGCGCCCAUCCUCGGGAAGCAAGAAACCAUUGAUCAUCUGUUGCCCAUGUUCAUUCAGAUGCUCAAGGAUGAGUUUCCGGAAGUCCGUCUUCACAUCAUUUCUAAGCUCGAGCUGGUAAAUAAGGUUAUCGGCAUCGACCGGCUCUCCGAGUCCCUUCUUCCAGCCAUUGUUCACCUUGCCGAGGACAAGCAGUGGCGUGUUCGUUUGGCCAUAAUUGGGCACAUGCCCUUGCUUGCCGGCCAGCUGGGUGUUGGGUUCUUUAACGAGAAGCUCAGCAGCCUUUGCAUGGGCUGGCUUGGCGAUACCGUCUUCUCCAUCCGUGAGGCUGCUACUCACAACCUUAAGAGGUUGACAGAGGUCUUUGGUGUCGAGUGGGCCAGCCAAAACAUCAUUCCAAAGGUUAUGGAGAUGGGUAGACACCCAAAUUACCUGUACAGGAUGACCACAUGUUUUGCUAUCUCGACCUUGGCCAGCGUUGUCACCUUGGAUGUAGUCGCCGACAGCAUUCUUCCCAUGCUUGAGAAGCUGACCGGUGAUGCUAUCCCCAACAUCCGGUUUAAUGUCGCGAAGACAUACACCAUAAUCAUCGGUGUCCUUCGCAGGUUGCCCGCCGAAGGUACCAUUUUUACUCUUGAGAAGGCUGGUGCUCCUUUCACCGCAUCCCCACGGGGCCAGGGGCUGAUUGACGAGCGUGUCCUGCCAUGCCUCGAGAAACUCAAGGACGAUGAGGAUAUCGACGUCAGGUUCUUCGCCGCCCAAGCUAUCGCGGCCGCCAGUGGGGCUCCUCCUGCGGCUGGCGGGGACCCGAUGAACACAUCACCAUAGAGCAAGAACUUUAAUGAAGCAAUUCCCAUAUCCAAUUCAACAACUUUUCCCCCCGCCCGUCCCCAUCUAUAUUUGUAUCCCAUCUGUCCUAGGUCAGCAUCCGAUUUACGCGCGCAUAUGCGCCCUUGGGCUUGUUUGGGUCGCUCGAUGAGUCUUCCCAGCGUACAGUUCUGCAUUAGGGGAGGUUGUGUACUGGAAGUAGAAAGCAAAACGAAAGCGAAGCAGCGGUUAUGACAUGUUGAGGUUACUGUGAGCUGGGUGGGUUAGUGGUGAGUGUACAGGUUUACUGCCAAAAAAUGGUCUUUUUUGCAGUUGUAUGGAUCGCGAAUAGGGGGGGGAUGAAGGUGAAGGGGGGCAUAAAGUAACCGAGUUAUACCAAUAGACCGUUUUUUUUUCUCACUCUAUGGAAACAGACCCCUGGGUAUCAUUUAUUUCUAUUUUGGUUUUGUUUUUGUCGUUUUAAUGUUGGUCUCUACUCAACAACGACCUUUUCAAAACACAGCGUCGAGAUGGUCUGCCCUUUGACACCCCCAAAGCUGAAACUAGGGUAGUCUACCCUGCCUGCCAUUUUCAGUUUGGUCUUUCCGUCGUUGGGGGCGGUCGAGGUCUCGAACCAGGUGCGGAGUUCGGUCUCGGUCCAGUUGCAGGACGUGACGAGGAAGACGCCACCCGUCUUGAGGAGCUGGAGGACGCGCUCGCCGUAGCCCUCGUUGAUCCUGCGGCCGAGGGAGUCGGUUUCGGAGGAGAGGGAGACGGCGUCGAAGGUGCCUUUGUCGAGGACGAGGUCCCAGCCGGUUGGGGGGGAGAUGGAGGGGAUGUCGCCGUUUAGGACGUCCCAGACUUUGAACUCUACACUCUUGAGAUCUUCGUUCUCGCGGGACUGGGCGAUGGAUUUGGCGAGGGAGAUGGAGUGGGGGGAGUAGUCGACUCCCAACAGGUGGCCGGACCAGCCGUCGUCGCGGAGGGAAAAGAGGAGGGACCCGUUGCCGCAGCCUAGGUCUAGGAUGGAAGCUGUGCUGGGGGUGAGGUCGUGCGGGUGCGGGUUGGGGGGCUGGUCGUCGUCUUCAUUGUCAGAGUCCGAGUCGUCGCGGUUGGGGGAGAGGUAGGACAGGAUCUUGGCCUCGGCGUCCGAGUCGUCGAACCAGACUGUGCCCUCUAGCGAGGGGUCAGAGGUGUGGGUUGUCAGCUCGGUUGUGUAGAGGGCGUCCCAGCUUAAGCUUUUGUCCCCAACUUGGAAGGCUCAAGAUGUGCAGGCUUGGACUCGGCCAUUUUUUUCUUCUCCUCUGCUGUCUUUUUUCCAACCGGAAACAAAAAGAAAUUCUCAGUUGUCGCAAAUCUGAAGCUAUUCCCAC